GAAGAAGCAUGAUCAAAAAGAUUCAAGCACACCACCCUCAAACAUUGGAACUAACUAAAAUUAGUGAACACAACAAGGAUGGCAAAAGUGUUGACACUUCUUGUUCUUCGAAUACUCAUGAAUCUCUUACUUAUCGGUUGGAUUUUUCUCUGGAUCAUAAAACCCACCACUCUAUGGAUACAAUCUUGGCAUCAAGCUGAAGAUACCAUCAAACAUACUUUCUUUGGCUAUUACGGUCUCAACUUUGCCGUAUUCUCAUUCCCUCCUAUUGCUCUCUCCAUUAUUGGACUCAUUUAUUUGAGUUUACUGCCACAACAUCAUCGUCCAACUAGAGGAGGGAGGAGUGCAUCUAUUACUAUCUCAAGACCAGCCAUUAUCAAUAGUUUCAUUGGGAUCGUGUCUUGUUUCGAGAUCAUUGCUCUUCUUUUAUUCCUUCUCUUUUUAGCUUGGACCUUCUAUGUCCGUGUCACUAGCGACUUCAAGAAGCUGACGCCUGUCAAAACCAUGGAUUUUAACUUGUAACGUUUCUCUCCACUUCAA